AUGAGCCACCACGUUAGUGACGAUGAAGAGCUGACGCUCUCCGCCUCAACCCUCGAAGCCCUCAAAGCCUUUUAUGCCGAGCGCGAUGCCCGUGCCGAGCAGUUCGCGAAGUUGAAGGCUCAGGCUGAGGAGCAGCAUGCGGGCCGACAACAGGAGCAAAUUCUUUGCAUGGAGGCGUUUGCGGAGGAUUGGAAUGAGAGUCAGUUUUGGUACUCCGAAGAAACGGCCAAUUUUCUCGCAACGGAGUUGUUGGAUGGGGCGACGGCGGAUAUGACGAUUGGGAUUGUCUCUGCGCCGAGUGUGUUUGUUGCGUUGAAGAAUAUGCUGAAUGCUGCGCCCCCUGAGCAGCCCAAGCCCAAGCUCCUCCUCCUGGAACACGAUAACCGCUUCUCUGUCUUCUCAGAGUUCGUUUUCUAUGACUUUGCUCAGCCGCUCAAGCUGCCUCCUCACCUCAAGGGCACCGUCGACCGCAUAGCCUGCGAUCCUCCCUUCCUCUCCGAAGACUGCCAAACCAAAACCGCCCUUACAGUCCGUUGGCUCCUCAAGCCGACCCCUAAACCGUCCUCCCCCGAGCAACGGCCCCAACUCCCGCGUAUGAUCCUCUGCACAGGCGAGCGCAUGCAGACGCUCGUUUUGCGGCUGUACAAGUCUCUCGGGUUGAAGACCACAGACUACGAGCCAAAGCAUGCGAGGGGUUUGAGCAACGAAUUUUAUUGCUAUGCAAACUUUGAGAGUGAGAGGUGGGGGUGGCGGGUUCAGGAGGAGUAA